AUGCUGGUGCCGCGGCGAUGGUGCUCUGAGCCUGACAGCUCAGUGUGUCGCGCGGGAUGUCGAGUGAAGGAUGUGUCUGGGGUGGCUGUGAGGCCUCCCCGCCGUGCAGCGUCCGAGGCGGCGGGUUGUUGUAGAAGUGCCAAUAUGACGCCGCCGCGGGUAGACACUGGCACGCCCGCGAGGUGCCUUACUCGGAGAAGACAUGCAGUGUUAUCGAGGGGCAGUGCGCCCUUGGCGAACACGUCUUUAGUGUGUGUGACGGGAAGCUUACAGCCUUCCGAAAAGUACUUCAAAAGUGUAGAUACUAAGUCCCUGGCUGGAUCCAGGGCCACGGUGCACCAUCCUCUCGAGAACACAGCCCCCACCACGCGUCUCUCAGCCUCCCACCACGCCCCUCACUUGUGGCUCCGGAGAGUGUGGCUGGUGACGCUGCUGGUGGUGGCCUCGGUGGGAUUGUUGGGAACGCCCGUGGCAGCCAACACGCCACCGCGGUUCGUGCUGGAUGGCCAGAGUGAGAUUGUGAUCCGCCUGACGGAGGGAGAAGCCACGCCUGUAGGCACGAAAAUCUACACCUUGAAAGGCCAAGAUCCUGACGGCGACUCCUUGACCUUCGGCGUGAGGGGUGUGGAGGGGCGCGACCUGCUGAGGAUCGAGCAGAACGGCGCCACGGAGGCCUUUGUGUACCUGAGGAAAGCCCUGGACAGAGAGAUCAAGGACGAGUACACGGUGGUGCUGACGCUGACGGACCACAAACUGGGCGAUGGGCAGUUCAUCACCCAGUCCAUGCUGCUGCUGGUGGAGGACAUUAACGACAACGAGCCCAUCUUCCGCCCCUACGAGUCCUCCGUGCUGGUGGAGGAGAACGCGCCGCCCCAAGUGCUGACCACGCUGCUCGCCACAGACCAGGACGAGGGACCUUUCGGUCAGGUCAUUUACAGGCUGGAGGCGGACACGGAGAGUGACUUGGAGAAGUUUACCGUGAACACCGUGGACGGGAAGGGAGUGCUGAGGCUCAACGGGGACCUCGAUUAUGAGAGGAAAUCCCUUUAUCAGCUCAGGGUGCUGGCGGUGGACCGGGCCAUCAGCGGGCGGGUGAACACGGCCACUGCGGCGCUGGUGGUACGGGUGGGCGACGUGGAGGACCAGCCGCCGCAGUUCAUCCAAGCGCCGCCCGUCACCCGCAUCCCUGAGGACAUUCCCGUCAACUCUGGCGUGCUGGAGGUAAAGGCCGUGGAUGGUGACCGUGGAGUGAACAACCGCAUCACCUACUCAGUUUUGGAGGGGGACAAGGGGCUCUUCCAGCUGGACCCCAACUCGGGCGUGCUGUACGUGAGGAGGCCGCUGGACAGGGAAAGCCCGCUGUCUAACAAUGGGGCGUUCAUCAUCAAGAUACAGGCGGAGGAGCAGAGCGAGGUGGUGUCCCCGCCGCCCACCAUGACCACGGAGGUGACGGUGCUGCUGGAGGAUGUGAACGACGAGACGCCCACCUUCAAGGCCGCCCACUACGUCGGGGAGAUCGCGGAGGGCUCCCAGUACAACAGCCCUGUCAACCUGCUGGGCGACGCCAUCCCCGAGGUGUACGACCACGACCAGGGUAAUAACGGCACCUUCCAAAUGUUUCUGGAGGGUGAUGGGGGAAUGUUCGACGUAACUCCUCCUGAAGGGGUGAAUUUCGCCUCCUUCCUCAUCCGCGUCAGGAACCCAGCGCUUCUAGACUACGAAAAGGUCAAAGUGGUGAACUUCACGGUGGUGGCAAGAGAAACGGUGGCCGAGCAGCCCAAGUCCUCCUCAGCGCUGGUCACUGUCUACAUCCGGGACACCAAUGACAACUUCCCCACGUUUGUUGAAGAGUUGUACGAGGUGUUCAUCCCUGAGGACGCCCAGGUGGGGACAACUGUGGCCAGGAUUCAGGCGCGGGACCCAGACAGCGACAAAUUUGGCACCGAGGGCAUUAGAUACACCGACCUACGAGGCUCCCUGGCCGACAAGCUGGAGAUGGACCCCGAGACAGGCUUCAUCACCCUGAAGGAGUCCGGGGCGCUGGACAGGGAGAGUGUGGCUGUGCACUACCUCACCGCGGAAGCCAGGGACGACAUGGGCAAUGGCAACAGGAACACGGUGGUGGUGAAGGUGGUGGUGGAGGACGUGAACGACCACCCCCCGGUGUUCCUGCAGCCCCGCUACGAGGCGCGCAUCCGCGAGAACGCCCCCCACUUCCCAGAGCCGCUCAUCGUCACUGCCAGGGACAACGAUCUCAACGGUGGGCACCAGGAAUCACGAGGUGCGCUACGUCUGAUCGCGGGUGACCCUGGUAGGAACUUCUCCAUCGACGCUCAGAGUGGCCGCAUCACGCCCGUCUCUCCGCUGGACUUCGAGGCUAUCCCACAGGAGGGAGACUUGAGGUCCUUCAAUCUGACUGUCAAGGCUUACGAUCUUGGCGAGCCGCCCCUGAGCAGCGAGGCGGCCGUGGUGGUGUUUGUGGUGGACGAGAACGACCACGCCCCGCAGUUCGACAGGCCCUUGUAUCCCAUGGUGAUCCCGGAGGACACGCCUCCCGGCACCUCCGUCAUCCAGGUGUUCGCCGAGGACCUGGAUGGGUCGGCGGUGAACAGCAAGGUAGUAUUUCGGAUCCAGCACGGCGCCCAGGAUAAGUUCGUGAUGGAUGCCGACAGUGGCGUGAUAUCCGUGGCCCAGGGCGCUGUGCUAGACCCGGACCGCACGGAGCCGAGAGCCACUACCUACGUGCUGGAGGUGCUGGCCCUGGAUGGCGGUAUAGGUGGCACGCAGCUCCACGCCCAGACGGUGGUCAACAUCACCAUCUUGGACGUGAACAACAAGCCACCAAUAUUUGUCGAUCCAGGCACUGUGAGGGUAUAUGAGAAUGUCAACAGUGGCUUCUUUGUGCACCGAGUGGAGGCUGUGGAUCUCGACGCACAGCCCAGACUGCGGUACUCACUUGAUCCCCAGAAUUCAGAGGCCAGGAAUGAGCAAGGUGCCAUUGUCAAGCCAACUGAAUACAACUAUAUGGGUGCUUUUGAAAUGAACGAAGUGGAUGGUGUGAUCCGAACUGUUUUGCCCCUGGACCGAGAGCAAGUGGAGGUGAUCCGGUUGGGACUAGUAUGUGAGGACUUGGAGGCUACUACAGAGAAGCAGACAGCCACUGCCACACUCACUAUCCUUGUAGAGGACACUAAUGAUAAUGAUCCUCAGUUUAGGAAGCCCUAUUACCGAAGAAGUCUUGCUGAAAAUUCAAAGAAAGGGACAACAGUCGCAUCUGUAGUGGCUGAUGACAUUGAUAAAAACCGGACUAUCACAUACUCAAUGCAGGGUUCCAAGGAGGUGCUGUCUCUCAUGCAACUUGACAGAGAAACUGGAGAGGUUGUUGUUGUGGAUCGAGUGGACAGGGAACAGUUUGCAUGGCUGAACUUCUCUGUGGAGGCCACAGACUCUGGUGUGCCUCCUCGCUCAAACUCCGUUGAUGUUGUGGUUCAGGUUAUAGACGAGAAUGACAACAAUCCUACUUUUAUCAACCCACUGUCCAACCUGACAAUAAGGGAAGAUGCUCCACCAGGCACUUCAGUAACAACAGUCACUGCCACUGACCCUGACUCAGAUGAUUAUGGCCUUAUUACCUACUUAUUAGACAGAAAAUCAUCAUAUGGAAAAUUUGAGAUUGAUCCAGACACUGGGGUUAUUACUGUGGCCUCUGCUCUGAACCGGGAAGAGAGGAGCACCUUCAACCUCCUCAUUGAGGCUUGGGACAACUACCAGUUUGGGUAUGCAACUGGGGAAUCCAGGAAUGCCUUCAUGCAGCUUGGUGUGACAGUUGCUGACAUCAAUGAUGAAGUGCCUGUGUUUGAGGAGCGGGAAGACUGCACCAUGAUUACUGAGUUUCACCAGCCUCGGGAAACCAUCACUGUGGUGCAUGCCACUGAUGGUGAUGACGUAAACUCACCCAAUGGCAGGAUCCUUUUUUCCAUUGAAGGUGGAAAUGAGAAAGGUCUGUUUGAGAUCCGCAAUAUAGAAAAAACAGCAGCUGAAAUAUUUGCUGCCAAGCCCCUUGUUGGCCAUUAUGGAAACUAUUCAUUGGAGGUUCAAGCACAAGACAGAGGAUUCCCACCAAACUCUGUUUUGUCUCAUAUUAAUAUAUGUGUACUAGACUUCAAUGACCAUGCUCCACAGUUUGUCUCUCCAUCUGAAAAUGUUACAAUCAAAGUGCCAGAGAAUGCUACUGUUGGGAGCCUGGUGAUACAGGUGAGAGCUACAGAUCAGGACAUUGGCAUCAAUGGAGCAGUCCGUUACAGGAUCCUAAAAGACACUUUGGGACACUGGCAGACCUUCACCAUAGAUCAGACAACAGGAGCCAUACUGCUGCAAAAGCCUCUUGACAGGGAGAGACAGAAGCUCUAUGAGAUAAGAGUUGAGGCAUAUGACCAGGGAACACCAACACCACUUUCCAAUGACCUUGAUCUUGCCAUCUAUGUUCGAAAUGUCAAUGAUUAUGAACCACAGUUUGUUCAAGAUGAAGUUAUCAUGAAUUUCACAGAACACAAAUCACCAAGAGCAGAACGCUUCAAGUUAGUAGACACAGUUGACUUAGAUGAUGUGGAUGAGGAGAACACUGCCCAGGUGUGCUAUUUCAUUGUUGGUGGAGAUGAAUACAACACCUUCAAUCUUGAUCGGUUCACCCAUGAAAUAAUGGCUGUCAAAGAACUGGACCGAGAAGUAGAUGACCAUUAUACACUUCUUGUGAAGGCCACAGAAGACUGUCUCUCCAAGCCUGAGCCUGUUUCCUUCUUUGACCCAAGGGAUGAUACACUUCUCAAAGUUCACGUCUUUGUAAAUGACAUCAAUGACAAUCCUCCAAAGUUUACUCGAGAGGUGUUCACUGGCGGCAUAACUACUGCUUCAGACUUUGGUCUUCAGGUUAUGAGACUGACGGCUUAUGACCCAGAUGCUGGAGAGAACAGUCGGUUGCGGUAUUAUAUGGAUGGGCGUGUCCAAGAAACAUUGUCAGAAAACUUGGAUAAUGUUCGUCGUUCACCCUUCAUUGUUGAUCCUGUCUCCGGGAUUGUGAAGCUCAACUUUGACCCACAGAAAGGAAUGAAGGGAUAUUUUGAUUUCAAGGUAUACGUCAAUGAUUCAAGUGGAUGGGGAGACCGAGCAAGAGUGUUCAUAUAUCUACUUAGAGAAGACCAAAGAGUGAGGUUCAUUCUCAGACAAUCACCAGAUGAGGUUCGAGAACAGGUAGAAUAUUUCCGAGACUACCUUGGAAAUAUUACUGGAGCAAUUGUUAAUGUUGAUGAUUUUCGAGUUCAUGAAAAUCAUGAUGGCACAGUUGACAAGACAAAGACAGACCUAUACCUGCAUCUGGUAGACCGCAAUGAUAACUCUGUCCUGGAGGUGAAGCAGGUCUUGGCCAUGAUUGACAAGAAUGUGGAACACCUUGAUCACCUCUUUAAGGAAUUAAAUGUGUUGGACACCCAGCGUGCCGAGCUGAUCACUGCUGGAGCCAAGGAGGAAGAUCUGCUUUUCCUGUGGCUGGUUGGAGUGAUCGUCUUCCUCACAUUGCUUCUUGUCCUUACUGUGGCACUCUGUCUGUCACAAAAAGCCCGCUACUCCAGACGACUGAAGGCUGCCACUGCCACAGCCUUUGGGGAAUUAAGUUCAUUGUCUACAGGUUCACACGAUCCAGGCCUCACUCGCACCUCUGCCGUCCCCAACACCAACAUUCACAGCGUGGAGGGCAGUAACCCUAUAUGGAUGUCUGGGUUUGACAAUGACUGGUACAAGGAUGAGGACUCCCUGAGGUAUCAACAGUUUGUUCAUCAAAGUGAAGGAAAUGACAGUUUGGAUGACAAUGCAGUGGAUCCUCACAGCCUUUCUCCUCGGGGUGACCGUGAUGUGCCUUACAUCACUCAGAGCAAUGUGCCCAACCCAUUAUCAAGGGAGUCCAGCACCGUGGGGUCCAACACCCAGCUGAUGAACAAUGAACACCCAAAUAUCAACGACACGUAUCGAGCCAAUCUCUACCAGACUUUCCACAAGAUUGCAAACCCCUUGGUUGACAAAAAACUUGAAACCACUGAGCUCUGACACAAUACAAAGAAAUAUAAUAUAUAGUUUCAUAACUUGUACUACAUUUUUAUGAAAGUACUUGCAGUGUCUUAAGUCCUCAGGUGUUCAUAUAGUCACUCACAAGACAGCAAUGAUAGGCUUUGACUUAUUCUCAGAAAAUCAGUAUAGGUGAUGCUCAAGCUCAAAUGCAACUUAUUGUGCCGAUGUGUGUUACAAGUGUACUUUGAUGUGUAACUCAGACUAAUUUACUGUCGACAAGUGCACGUGUUGCCUGAUAUAUUGGAAUUAGUAAACAGCUGCCAGAUUUGGUGAAUCCACAUAUCAUAGAUUUCACUUAUUCCCAUUUUGUUCAUUCAUAUUUAUUGUUAAACUACUCAUUGACGUGAUUUCUUCAUAGCUCACUGUGAUUGUAUGGUGGGUGCCACAUCGAUGAUAUUUUGUACAAAGUUCCCUGCUUCGAUGAUUUAGCUUUUGUACAUGAAAAUGAAAUAUUAUUUAUCAUACAUUUUGCAAAGCUUCCUCAAUUUUCAUAUCAGUGUUUCAUAUUGUAGAUAAAUGUUUAUACUUUAGGUUAGAUUUUUUCACUGUCCGCUGCAAAGUCAUGUCAGUAUACUAGUACCAUUUGAUACAACGAAUUCUAGUACUGGAUGGUGAUAAUAAAAUACUUUCUUAAGUUCCUA